UAUCAAUUCGCCUUGCUGGUGCAGUGUUUGUGAUUCAAACCACCCCCUAAAAAUCACAACCCAACUCUCGCGAAAUUCUCACAUCCUAUAACUAAGCACAAUGUCAACUCCCACCAAGAUCACCGGCGGCUGCCUCUGCAAAGCCGUCAGAUACGAGGUUAACUUCCCUGAAGACCAUGACUUCAAAGCCAACUCAGUAGCCUGCUUCUGCACCCUCUGCCGCAAGCAAUCCGGAGCCGUCGCCGUGCACGUCCACAUUCUACCCCGCAGCAGCUUCGCCUGGACCUCCCCCUCUGCCACCCCCGCCGCUCCACUUGCCAACUACCAAGUCAUCAAAGAUAACCUGCGCUGGUUCUGCACAGCGUGCGGCUCCUAUCUCGCGUGGGAGGGCAACGGAAUCAUCGAGGUGACAGCGGGGUCGGUGGAUGAGGAGUGCCUCGUUGGGAAGAAGGAUGGUGAGGGGAAUGUGAUUGAGAAGGGGGUUGGAGAGCAGUUCUGCCAUCCGGAAGGGGCUGUGACGUGGGUUAAUAAUUCGCUGGGUCCAGUGACGGAGGGGGUCAAGGGAACUAGAUGGAAGUUCUCUGUUGCCCAUGGGGUGAGGGGAUAA